CGGUUAGGUAACAAACAAGAUGAGUCAGUGCAAAAAUCAUUUGCUUAACAAGCUUUAUCACUGCAGACUUUGUGCAACUGAUGCACAGAUGCAUAACGUAUAUAAGGGUUUAUUUUGGUAAUUUCUAUUGUUUACUGCAUUGUUCGUUUACAUUAUAUAAUUGAAGGAUAAAGAUGAAAACAUACACAACUAUAUAUGUUAUAAUAAUGAUUCUAUUUUUGUUAGAAGAUGCUAAGUGUCAUAGAUGUCAUAAUAAGUGUCGACAUUUCUUGAAACAUCACCCAUGUCCGGUUUUAUUGGACACGAAUUGUGAAAUUGUCCGGAGAUUCUGUGGAUGCUGUGAUGAGUGUGCUUUAAAUUUAAACGAGCAAUGUAGUGCAGAGACUCCAAGGUGUGCAGCUGGACUUAUGUGUGUAAAUUCAAAAGGAGAAGCACUAAAAAUAGUACACCAUAGUUUGAAAGAUUAUGUUGGCUUCUGCCAGAAUGUGGUUAUGAGUCCUGUGGUAGUUGAAAAUACAGAUAUCACCGAGAGAAAGAUAAGAAUAUGAAAACACUUGUAUUGCUUGUUAUGUCGCAGCAGAUUCGUUUAUUUAAUACUGAAUUCACAUGUUAUGAUAGAUUCAGACUUUGUUCUAAAACAAUGCAAUGGCGAAAAGCAGAAUUGAGUAUAGAAAAGAUGAAGGCAUAAAUAAAGAAAAAGAAAGAAAGAAGGAAGGAAGGAAAAAGUAAAAAAAAACACAUUUGUUUCAGUGUUAGAUUUAUCGUGAUACAUAUUGAAUCUGCCUCGUUCCUGCUUUCUAACAUUCAUGCUGAAAACGCAAUAUUCUAAAGUGAUUUAGAUUAUUUAAAUAAAAAUAACAAACAGAUAAA